UCCGGGCCCGGCUCCGGGGACGCGGACGGCGCCUGGCGAGGAAGGCGGGGCGGGCUCCUCCUCCUCCUCCGCCGCCGCCGCCUCCGCCGCCGCCUCGCGGGCGCAGCCGGGCCGGACCGGACCGCGAGGAGGAGCGGCGCGAGGGGAGCGAGGGACCGUGGAGCCGGGUCCGCGCCGCCCCGCCCCCACCCCGCGGCGACCAUGCGGCCGGCCGCGCAGUGAGCACCGCGAUGUCGCCGCCCGAGCCGCCCGCCGCGCCGGGCCCCGUGGUGACCACCAUCGAGCCUCUGCCGGCCGAGCGCGGCCUGUCCGCGUCCCCGCGCGCAGGGGUGCGCCAACGGCUGCGCAGGGCGCUCAGCAGGGAGAUGCUAAUCUCUGUGGCGCUGGGCCAGGUACUGUCCCUCCUCAUCUGCGGAAUUAGCUUGACCAGCAAGUACCUGUCAGAAGAUUUCCACGCCAACACGCCAGUUUUUCAGAGCUUCCUCAAUUAUAUCCUUCUCUUCUUGGUCUACACCACCACCCUCGCUGUCCGACAAGGAGAAGAAAACCUCCUGGCAAUUCUGCGGCGAAGAUGGUGGAAGUACAUGAUCCUGGGCCUCAUCGACCUGGAGGCCAACUACCUGGUGGUGAAGGCCUACCAGUACACCACGCUGACCAGCGUCCAGCUCCUGGACUGCUUCGUGAUCCCGGUGGUGAUCCUGCUGUCCUGGUUCUUCCUGCUGGUCCGGUAUAAGGCCGUGCACUUCCUGGGCAUCGUGGUCUGCAUCCUGGGCAUGGGCUGCAUGGUGGGCGCUGAUGUGCUGGUGGGCAGACACCAGGGAGCAGGGGAAAACAAGCUGGUAGGGGACCUCCUGGUGCUCGGAGGGGCCACGCUGUAUGGCAUCUCUAACGUCUGGGAGGAGUAUAUCAUCCGGACACGCAGCCGUGUGGAGUUCCUGGGCAUGAUCGGGCUCUUCGGUGCCUUCUUCAGUGGGAUUCAACUAGCCAUCAUGGAGCACAAGGAACUGCUGAAGGUUCCCUGGGACUGGCAGAUAGGACUGCUCUACGUGGGCUUCAGCGCCUGCAUGUUCGGUCUCUACAGCUUUAUGCCCAUCGUCAUCAAGAAGACCAGCGCCACCGCCGUCAACCUGUCCCUGCUCACGGCGGACCUGUACAGCCUGUUCUGCGGGCUCUUUCUGUUCCACUACAAGUUUUCAGGACUCUACCUGCUGUCCUUCUUCACCAUUCUCAUCGGGCUGGUGCUGUACUCCUCCACCUCCACCUACAUAGCCCAGGACCCCCGUGUGUACAAGCAGUUCCGCAACCCUGUGGGGCCUGUCGUGGACUUGCCUGCCUCGGCCCAGGUGGAGCCCUCGGUCACCUACACCAGCCUGGGCCAGGAGACGGAAGAGGAGCCCCGCGUGCGCGUGGCCUAGACGCGGCCUGUGCUUGCCUCCCCUCCGCCUUGUACAUAGAGAAAGGUAUUUACUAGGUGCAGCUCACACAGGUGGCUGCAAGGUAGCAAGUCCUGGGAGCCUGGAGAGGUGCAUGCUAAGGGACCAGGCCAGCACGCCUGCCCAGAGCCACUCAGCAGUGUGCACCUGUCACAACCCCCACGUCCGUACUGUGACAAUGCCCCCAUCAAAAUCCAUGUCCUUGUUCUCAUGAGCUGUAUGAUUAUUCUGAUGCCUGUCUCCAGGGGAUCUUUGGACUCCUGAUGGGACGAUGGCCCAGGCCCACGCAGUCCACAGCAACAGUGUCCCAUAACAGCCACUUCUGAAGGGUCGCGCUUUAGUCUUUGCACAGACACUCAGUGACAUGUGCCACAGGAGCACCACCCUGAGAAGUGUCGUGAUCCUGGGCCACAGCGGGGGUUUCUCUCACCCUGUCACAUGCCUGUCUGCUCAGUAAGUAUUUUAUGCUGCGACCCUUGUGGGUAGGGGCAACUGACCACAGAGUUCUCUAUUCUAGGAAUAGAUUUAAAACAAACACUUUAGCCUUUUUAUAUUUCAGUCUCUGAUUACCCAGGCCAUUGCCUUUCUUUUGGGCCACAUAAUUCAGCUAAUCAAGUCCCUGUAAUAACGGGAUAAGAACUGUCCCAUUUCUGUGGCUUGGGGGAACCCCAAAAUAGAAGCAUUUGUGUUUAAGAUUAGAUUUGUUUUCAGAAUUUUUCUGCCCCUCUGUAAAUCACCUCUUCAGAUAUUAUUUUUUAUUUUCCUCCUUUUUCCUAGAUUUUCUUAGUCCUACUAUGGAAAUGUCAAGGCCCAGAACAAAGCCAUGCUCCCCCAUCCUCUUAGUGAUAUAGCACCUUUUUGAAAUGAACCAGCCGGAAACCAUCUCCAUUGUGGAGCGGCAUUGAUCACGCCACCUUCCGAGGUCACGGUGCCCACAUGGAGCCGUCCCUGUGCGGCUGGGUUGUGGUGGUGGAUGUUGCCACUGGGGAAGUCUAGUGAGGCAGUCAUAGUUGACAGGUGUGGGACAGCAGUAUCCUCGUGGGUGCAGAGACUACUCUAGGUCUCCAUGAGCCCUGCACAGUGUGGCUCUAGCCUAGCUGGGUGCCCCUAAGUAGCCGCUUCAUUCUAAACACAGCAAACCAAGAAGCACAGCCCCCUGUCAAUUAGAACAGAUUCCAGAUGUCCGUGUGUGAAGUGCGUUUUAAAAGGCUGGGCUGACUUUAAUGCCACCCCAAGGGUGGCUUUUGAGGGGCUUGCAUAACGUUUAUGUGCCCUUGGGCAAUUCCAAUCCACACCUCUUAGGCAGGCAAACAACUCAUAACGCUGGAAUCCACAGAGAACAAACUGUGGAGUGGGGCUUUGAGGAUAUGCAGGCGAACACAGCCCAUACUGUUCCCAGCACGCAUGUGACCUUUGCACAUGACUUCCAUCCAGUGGGGUCCUGCCACAGAUGAUGGGGAGAAACCCUCCUCUCCCAUAUGCAGUCUUCAUGGCCACCCCUCCUCCUCAGGAACAGGCUUCGUGUGCUGUGGGGAUCAGGUCAACCUGAAGCUCUGUCAAAUCAAGGUGACCUUGCUACCUUUGAACCAAUUAAUACCUUUCUCUGAAUUCUUUUCUCGAUUCAGAUCUGAUGACCUUUAAAGAUUGUGGUUUUAUUUUUGUGUUUACAUUUCUUUGGUUUGCAUAAUUUGCUCGAUUUAUUUGAUUUGUAGUAUUUAUUUUAAGCCAAAUGUUUUUGUCUUUUUGAUUCACUUUUAUGAUGCUAAUCUAUAGACACUUAGUAAAGUCUUAUGAAAAGCAAGUGACUGGAACAAUUUCUAAGUCCACUCAGUGAACUGGGAAGUUCUUUUAAAAAUGCAAAUUUCCAAAGGUUUGCAAUUGGCAAUGGCUGAAGUUUGCCAUCUGCAUUACUUUCUAGGAUGUUUUGAUUGACUGCUGUUUGGAAACCAAGUGUAAAGGUCAAGGGAAACUUCCCUAUGCCCUUUGCCAUUCAGAGUCCUUGUAAUCAGACCUUCAUGUCACAGGUCCCCUCGCCACCAGGCUGGUUUGUCUCUAUUUAGAAAGGCACAGAGGUACUGAACCAUCCAUGGCCAGGUGCUCCAGACUCACCCACAAGGAUAAGGGUAGUGGAGGACAAAGUUCUUUUUCUGUAAAAAUAUCAAUCCUUUGGGAAUGGGGAGGGAAAUGGAACAGGGCAAUAUUAAUUCUAGCAGUUUUAGUUUCUGACACUUCAUAACCUCAAUAGAACCCAGUAAAAAUUUCAGCUCUUCAAUCCUCCACCACUCUUCCUCAAUAAAAUGAGACUUUCGAAAUCUGCAUCCAGUCUGAUCCAGCUCUCUCCUGAAGCUGCCCGCUCCAAGGUAAGCGUGGCCCUCACGUCCUUGACAAAGUCUUGCACUGGGAUGAGCUGGUCUUGGUCACACCUUCCCCCAGCUCCACAUGUGACACUCAUGUCCGGGUAAACCAAGCAUGGGAACAGUUUGCACCACUGUGUCCCACAAAAAUGUUUCAAUGUUUAGUUUAGAUAUUGCUAACUUGUGCUAUUAACCUUCUGACAAGCGUGUAGUAUUGUUUGUUUUGGUUUAUUUUUUAUUUGUAACCACUUAGUAGUCCCAGCUAGAUACCACUACAGAUUUUACCCCAUGGGUAGGAUUCUAUGGUUAAGCCACAUAACAAAGCACACUAAUCCUGACACUGAAAAUGGAAAAAUAUGAACCAAAAAAAAGAAAAUUAUGCCAAUAAGUUGUUUGUUUUUUGAUAUUUGCAUGCUCCCCUCUGGACUGGCUGUGGCAAUGUUAUGCCUGUAUCAUGUUUUCAAAUAAAAAUAAAUGCUUUAUGAAAGCA